AGCCUUAUGAUCCAUUAAUUGUACGUCAGAAUCGAAAUUCCAGAUACAAUCAAUCCAUAUAUUUUGACUGUAUUCGAAAUACAAUUAACAAUACUAGUAAUUGUAACAAAUUACGAAAUAUGGCGAAAAGUGAAUAUGAAGAAAUGAAAAUACUCAAACCGAAACUAACAAGUUCGACACAAGCUAAAACUUACUCUCAUUCUACACAAUUUAUUAAAGCAUUACAUAAUAAUAAUCCGUUACGUUUUCGAUAUAACAGAAAUAGUACUGUUUCUGCUACUGCUAUUUCUGGUUUUACAGAUAAUUCCAUUAGUAAAACAGAUUUGAAUGGUGCUGAAUCAAACGUUGAUGAUGAAUAUGCAGAGGAAAAUUCACGAAAAUCCUGUGAAACAUUUGAUUUUUUAAAAAUGCCUGAUAUUUAUGAAAUAAAUGUCCAGGCUGCUAAAAGACUAAAAAGUGAGAUUAGUUACCUAAAAUAUAAACGAAAAUGUCAGAUGCGACUAACUACAUUGAUCAAUAAUUUAUUCAAUGCUGUGUAUAGUAAAUCAGAUUUUGCGGCGAAUUCAGUUGAUUCCUCAUCAGUGAAUCAGUUAGAAAAAUCAAGUGAAUAUGUAUUUCAAAAGCUGUUUGGACCAGUAAGUAAAUAUUUACGUCUUACUAAACAACACACUUAUCACACCAGAGGUAUGAUAUUGAAUCGACUUCGGAUCUAUUUACAAUACAAUAUGUCAGCUGAAUCAUUUCUCAGUAUCUACUUUAAUCCACCAAAUGAACUAUUUCACCUACAAUGCUAUCAUCAUCAAUGUAAUGAUAAAGUUAAUAAUCCUAGGAAUAGGAAAAUUAGUCAGAAUUAUAGAUACAAAAUAUGUCAAAAUGAUACUAACCUUUUGAAAUUCGCGAAAACACCCUCAACAGAAAGAAGUGGGAAUAAUACAUUGAAACAAUCAGGUAGAAAUAAAAUCAUUAAAAAUGAGUUUAAUUCAAACACGAAAGUAUUCCAAACAUGGAAAUUAAGAUUAUGUGAUCCAUUAAUUAAUUCUUCAGUUUAUGAUGGCUUUCGAUUUGAAUUAGUUCGUUCGAAUGUAAGACUAUUUUGUGUUGUUAAACAAUUUUCGAUGCUUCAGUUGGUCAAAGCGAAUUUACCGAUUUGGUGGUCAGGUAUUACAUAUGAGCAUAGUAAUAUUAUGUUACCACCGUCUACAGUCGAAACGUGCAUUGGAAGUUCAGAGAAUACGGCUGAAAUAAGGCUUUGAAUCUGUACAUUUGAUCUUUAUGUUUUAUCAAGCCAUUUUUGAAAUAUAAUCUUUCUCAGAGUCAUUUCUCUAUUUUGUAAAUAUCAAGUAGAUGACAUUUUCUAUGUUCUUGCAUUCAGAGACAUGAAGAUGAUAUCUGAAAUAGAUCAAAAUAUAAUUUUUUCAAUCA